AUGGCCGAACUCGCACCGACGAACGGCGCUCCCGCCGCCGAUGCCAGCACCGUCGCCGGCCUGGCACGAAAGAAGCUGAUGGGCUACGUCGGCUUUGCCAACCUGCCCAACCAGGUCCACCGCAAGAGCGUGCGCAAGGGUUUCAGCUUCACUGCAAUGGUUGUCGGCGAGUCCGGUCUCGGCAAGUCGACCCUCAUCAACACUCUCUUCAACACCACCCUCUACCCUCGCAAGCAGGUUGCGCCACCACACCAGGAGAGGCCCAAGACGGUCGCCAUCGAGAGCAUCAGCGCUGACAUUGACGAGAACGGCGUCCGCCUGCGCCUCAACGUCGUCGACACGCCCGGUUUCGGCGACUUUGUCAACAACGAUGAGAGCUGGAAGCCCGUCGUCGACAACAUCGAGUCGCGCUUCGACGCCUACCUCGAGCAGGAGAACCGCGUCAACAGGACAAAGAUGCAGGACAACCGCGUCCACGCCUGCAUCUACUUUGUCCAGCCCACGGGCCACUCCCUUCGACCGAUCGACAUCGAGUUCAUGCGUCGGCUGCACCAGAAGGUCAACCUCAUCCCGGUCAUUGCCAAGUCGGACACGCUGACCGACGAGGAGAUUGUCGCGUUCAAGCAGCGGAUCCUCAACGACAUCGCCUACCACAACAUCGAGAUCUUCCACGCGCCCAUCUACGAGAACGAGGACGAGGAGACGAUGCUCGAGAUCCAGGAGAUUUCGGCCAAGGUGCCGUUCGCCGUCGUCGGCUCCAACACCGAGAUUGACACGCCCGACGGCCGCCGGGUGCGCGGCCGCGCGUACCCCUGGGGCGUCAUCGAGGUCGACAACGAGGAGCACUGCGACUUUGUCAAGCUGCGCCAGAUGCUGAUCCACACGCACAUGGAGGAGCUCAAGGAGCACACCAACAACGUGCUGUACGAAAAGUACCGCAGCGAGAAGCUGACGGCGAUGGGCGUGACGCAGGACCACAGCGUGUUCAAGGAGGUCAACCCGGCGGCCAAGAUGGCCGAGGAGCGGUCGCUGCACGAGGCGCGGCUGCGGAAGAUGGAAAACGAGAUGAAGCUCGUCUUCCAGCAAAAGGUGGCCGAAAAAGAGGCAAAGCUCAAGCAGAGCGAGGAGGAGCUCUACGCGCGCCACCGCGAGAUGCGCGACGCCCUCGAAAAGCAGAGGCUCGAGCUCGAGGACAAGAGGAGAAGGCUCGAGAGCGGCCGCCCGCUCACGCCAGAGAAGGUGUCGCAGGCGACCAAGAAGAAGGGCUUUUCGCUCCGCAACUGA